AUGAUGGUCAACCUCAAUAUAUACCUACUAGGUGUUUGUGCUUGGGGUCGGACUGUCUAUGGAUUCGUCGACUAUGGCAAUGUCUAUCCAAGGAAAUACUCGCUGAGCGGAGAUGUUCAAGUAGCUGAUCUGAGUUACGACAAUACUACCACAAUAACGCUGUCGCCUGCGCAUCCCGUCCUCACGCUCGAUUACGGUACCGAGGUUGCCGGCUUCCCGUUCUUUGUCGUUGCAGAAGGCGCAUCCCCGGCACAGAUUGAGGCCGCCUACUCAGAGGCCUUUGCAUACCUCGCCGACGAAAACGCUGAUGGACCAUGGACUUUUUCCAACGGCCUAUCAAACACUUGGCGGGUUGAGACAUUCAACAUCACCAGUGGAGGUCACACUGAGAGCUUCUUUGUGCAAGGUGGACAGCGAUGGCAGACCAUCCGCCUGCUUACGAAUCAUUCCUUAACCCUCGAGAGCGUUGGCUUGCGGGCAACGAGCGAGCACAAAGAUGUGGACCAACAACCAGGCCACCUAAAGACCAGUCACGACGUUUACAACAAAAUCUUUGAUCUUGGUGGACAAGUCGUCCAAGCGGCUUGCGUGGAUGCCGGCAAUGCGCCUUCAACCUGGGAGCUAACCGACGAGGGAGCGUUCAUUCGCGGUCAGGCCAGUGCUCAAUCUUCUAUCGGAACAAUAAUGGGCGCUGCCAACUACACAUUAGAGUUUGAUACAAAGAUUGUAAGAGGCGGAACAGGGUGGCGUGUAGCCAGCGCGAUCCAACCACUUGGACCGUAUUUUGUCCUGACUUCCAACUAUCCAGAGCAAAACACGUUUGUAAACACGAACAGAACGCUUGUCCCGCCCAACACUCUGAUUGUCAACGCCGGGUGGAACUUGCUCAACCAGUCUAAUCUAGAAACGCCCGCGAACCAAUAUUAUCCUCUGAACAUCUCUGUAGAGGAGAACAAGUGGUACCACGUCGUUACCGCUAUCAAAGAGGAUGGGUAUAGCAUCAGUAUCAACGGAGAGGACAUUGCUUUCGUCCCACUUCCACCGCCAAUUUCACCUCCUGUUAUCUUCAGCACAGCAUCUCGGUAUGAAGGCACAUGGGGUUUCGGAGGCUUCCAAGACCAAAUCUCCGUCGUCUCAAAUGUAUCAGUCGCUGCAUCCAACAAGACCAUUAUCUACACCAACGACAUGAAAUCUCCUAGUGCCCUGGCCGAGUACGCCGUAGCACCGCUCUCCCACUCCGUCUGUCUGGAUGGCGCAAAGCGCGACCGUCUAGUCUGGAUCGGAGAUUUCUACCACACCGUCCGCGUACUGGCUCAGUCGAGCGCACGUUGGGACUACAUCCUCGGAACCAUCGAUUACGUCUUCAGCUACCAGGGGAAGUCCGGGCCCUUCGCCGGUUUCGUGCCCAUAUCCGCACGACUAGGCACGCGACCAGAAUACUCGGACGCAGACCCAGUAGGACCCGGUCUCAACGACUACCAAGACCUCUUCCUCGCCUCAAUCGGCGAAUACUACCGCUACACAGGCGAUGCAAAGGGUCUAGAGCCGUACUGGGAAAAUAUCAAAGCACUCUUCCAAACCCGUCUCACCUACAUAGACCCAACCACCGGUCUCGUAGCCGGAAGCACUGCCGCUCCAAACCCAGUCUCCUUCCUUGGCCCCGCAAACGGCACUGCAGUAACAGGUCUCAUGUCCUUUGCCCUCCAACGAAUCGUUCCCCUAGCCCUCGCCUUGCAAGACACGGCAACGGCCUCGCUCGCCAACACCACGGCCCACUCCCUCAACGCCGCGCUAAACACACACCUCUGGAACCCCGAGCUCGGCACCUACUCGCUCGGCCUCUCCUCCCCCGGCAACUUCUCCCUGACAGGAAUCGCAUGGUCCAUCCUCAGCGGCGCCGCAAACACAUCUCAAAUCACCUCUUCCAUCGCACAGCUCGAACGCCUCCGCUUCGGCCCAGGCUACAAGACCAUUUCUUCCGACCAAGAAACACCAGACUACCAACUCGCACCCAACCCUUCGGGCUUCCUCCUCGAAGCCCUUUUCCAGGCGCAAACCGCGCACGGCGUUGAUGCCGCGAAAGCGCCCAUUGCGCAUCUGAUGGAUGGCCUCUGGGCAACUAUGAUAAAUGAUGACCGCUAUGCCACCGGCGCGAGCUGGGAGUACGUGACGCCCGAUGGACGGCCCGGCAUUUCGGCGUUUACCAGUUUGGCGCACCCCUGGGGGGCGGCCCCGACGUAUGUGCUGCCAGAGUAUUUGCUGGGUGUUACACCCGUGACGCCGGGGUAUGCGAGCGUCGUGGUCCAGCCUGCCGUCGCGUAUCUUGGCUUGGACCAGGUAACAGGAAGGGUUCCGACGCCGUUUGGCUCGCUGGAGGUCGCGUGGACGGUUGAGGGGGGUGAGGCCAAGGUUGAGAUUGAGGUUCCUGAGGGGAUCAAGGCUGAGGUGAGGGUGCCCAAGGGGUGGAAGGUGGAUGCAAAGCAGGACGAGGGUGGUGUGGUGGAGUUGGGCACUGGGCGGACCGAGAUUGUUUUGCAUACUGUGUAG